AUGAAACACAUUGAUCUGGCCUUCACCCCUGGCACCAUUGCUCUUCCUCCAAGGCUCCCUCAUAGGCAGAGGUCCGUCACAACAGAUGAACAGACUGCAGAAGUUGAAGUUUUCUACCCCACAACGAUGGUCAAGAAGAACGGCACUUCAUCUAGGAACCCUUCAUCCGCCUCAUCCUCUCCAAGGCAGCCCCUUCGACGUGGGUCCAUGGCAGGAAGAUCCGAUUCAGUGCCUCCUCGCAUUCCCGCUCGGCGUGGCUCAACAGCGAUGAAUUCCUUCGCAGAUGACACAGAAGAAGAAAACCCAUUCCCUCUUGGUGCCAUCCAUCUGCCUUCCAGUGCUGCAGUGCCGCCUACUUUAGCUCGAGCCUGCACUCUCCCCUUUUCUGCCCAAUACAUUCGGCGCGAGGAUCUCCAGAGGACCCCAAGCGACGUCGACUUCAAGCGCCUGAGAUCAUUGGUUCGUCCUCCGAUACUUCCAAGCCGACAGGUGUCUGUCGACGCUUCUCCAAAGAAAGCAACAGAGGGCGCGAGAUCGAGGUUGCUGCCAACGCUCCCAAAGUUGUAG